GUGCGAUGAAACCGUAUGACGGCGCAUCUGCAGAGGACCAACGGCGGAGCAGCAUCAUCAGCGGAGGCUGCACGGUGCGGUCGGCGUGACGUCGCGACGGCACCGCUAUUUAACCGGAGAAGCUUCGGGGGCGCUCAGCAAGCACUGUAUCGGGGAGGACAAGGCGUGAAAAGCACCAUCACCAUCACUACCAACAACAACAACAAGGGCUUUAUAGGGGUCGGCGAAUUUAUCAGGGGGAGGACGGCGAGUUUGACUCCGCCUCACUGUUUUGAGUGUGUCAAAUUUUUUGCUGGUCAUCAGCCGGUGCGCCGCUCUUAUUCUAUAACUGCAGGUUUUAUUUUACAGACGUUUCACUUAAUGAAUUAAUCUCAUCGAUUACGCUGAAAGAUGGACAGAAGCGAGCUGACCCUAUUCCGUGUGGUGGAGGAUUCAGGCGGAAAGGGAUUAUGGAGGUUUGCGUGAACUGCAGAGCUGCGGAGACUGGCAAGUGUUUCUGCUUUAUAUCCGUUUCAACAAAAAAUAUAAAAUGAUCUCUUUGCACAUCUCGAAUAAAAUGCGAGUCGAGCUUUUUGAGGAAUCAAAGGAAGAAAAACACUUGCGUUGCCUGCGAAUCCCUUGGUGAACGAAGGUUUCAUUCUUGUCAUAAUAAUACUAAUUACAUCUUUUCUGAUGUUUUAAUAAACAAACAAUAUAAGAAUACCAAAACAGAAUACAUCAAGAACUUGCUGGGAUACAGUUACUGAUAACAAACCAAGGUACCACUGGCAAGAUGAUGGAGCUCCAGAUUGAGGAGGUGGUGUACCAGGAUGACUAUGGCUCCGGGUCAGUGGUGUCAGAGCGUGUGUCGGGCAUGGCCAACAGCAUCUACAAGGAGUUUGAGCGGCUCAUCGACACCUAUGAUGAAGAGGUGGUCAAGGAUCUGAUGCCGCUGGUAGUGAACCUGCUGGAGAACCUGGACGCGGCACUUAUAGAGAACCAGGAGCAUGAGGUGGAACUGGAACUUCUCAAGGAGGACAACGAGCAGCUGCUUACCCACUACGAGCGGGAGAAGGCCCUGCGGAAGCAAGCCGAGGAGAAAUUCAUGGAGUUUGAAGAUGCCUUGGAGGCGGAAAAGAAGGAGCUUCAGCUGCAGGUGGAGGUUCUGGAGCUGCAGGGGAAGCAGCUUGAGCACAGGACCAAAAGCUACUCGGACCAGAUAUCUCGCCUGGAGGAGCGGGAAUCAGACAUGAAGAAAGAGUACAACGCUCUUCACCAGAGGCACACAGAGAUGAUCCAGACCUACGUGGAACACAUCGAAAGGUCUAAGAUGCAGCCGGUGGGGGCUCCACAGUCAGAGAGUAUUGGAAGAACUAUUCCCCAUAGUCAGCGGCCCAUAUGGAGAAAAAGCAAGGCUGAACGGCCGCCGUCACUCAACCUGUUCCCAAGCACCGAGGGGAUGGUACGUGGGUGUCAGGGUGGGCCUAGGAUGCUGCUGGGGCCUGACGUUUCGCAGGUCAGCAGCCACAGCCAGCCCCACAUUGCCUCCAGUCGCAAGGAUGAUGAGUCUGAAUCGGGCCAGUCCUCUGUGCCUGCCACUCCCAGCAGCCUUGGCACCAAGUCGAACACGCCCACCUCCUCUGUACCCUCAGCCACGGUGACGCCGCUCAACGAGUGCUUCCCGCCCCUGCCGGGCUUCGACGUGUCAGGCUUCGUGCAUGGCAACAGCAGGACGAGGAGCACCAAGCGCCUAAGCAGGAACAUGGAGGUGCAGGUCACUCAGGAAACCUGUAACGUCAGCAUCGGUAUGGGCAGCAGUGAUGAAUGGUCUGAAAUCCAGGAGAUCUCAACUCCUGAGCUGGAUAUGUGCAUGGAUCCACACAUUUAUGGGGGCGGAGACAGCACCUUCCAGGGCAUCGUCAAUGAGGCUUUCGGCAUCAACACGGAAUCUCUGUACCAUGAGAUCAAAGACGCCAAGUCUGACAUCAUAGGGGACGUGGAUGCAGGGGCGGAGCUGCUCGGGGAGUUCUCAGCGCGUGAUGAUUACUUCGGGAUGGGAAAGGAAGUGGAGAACCUUCUGUCGGAGAACAGACUACUCCUGGAGACCAAGAACGCCUUAAACAUCGUGAAGAACGACCUGAUUGCCAAGGUAGACGAGCUCUCCAGUGAACAUGAUGUCCUAAGGGAGGAGCUGGAGGCUGUCAAGCAGUCCAAGCUCAAAGUGGACACUAGGGUCAAGGAGCUGGAGGAGGAACUGAGGAGGUUAAAAGCUGAGGCACUGGGAGCCGACUCAAAAGACGACAGAGGCGAGGAUUACUCCUCUCCACUCCAGGACGAUGUGCCCAUGGCCCAGCGGAGGCGUUUCACUCGGCUGGAGAUGGCACGGGUCCUCAUGGAGCGCAACCAGUACAAGGAGCGGCUGAUGGAGCUGCAGGAGGCGGUGCGCUGGACCGAGAUGAUCAGGGCUUCCAGGGAAAACAAUCCCCAAAUACAGGAGAAGAAGAAGUCCACGCUCUGGCAGUUCUUCGCCCGGCUCUUCAGUGCCUCCUCCAGUCCCCCACCCCCAAAGAGGCCCUACAACAGUGUCAGCAUCCGCUACAAGUCGCCGUCACUGUCUGGACUCUCCCACCCACUGUGCCCAACCUCCAGCUCCAGCCGCACAGAGUUCUUCCCUGAAGACGGCUGCGUGCUGUCCGCCCGCAGAGAGCAGCGCCGCGAGCAGUACCGUCAGGUCCGCGAGCACAUGCGCAGGGAGGACGGGCUCAGGCAGGCCUGCGGCUGGAGUGUGCCGCCCCGAUUCAAACAGCUGAGUCCCAAUGAGAAGGAGGACAACCGUGUGAAGAAUGUGCCGGUUCCUGUGUACUGUCGCCCGCUAGUGGAGAAGGACCCCACUAGAAAGCUGUGGUGUGCAGCUGGGGUGGAGCUGACAGGCUGGAAGGGGAACCGGCAUGAGCUCACAGCCAGCGGGGUGCAGCGGGGUACAGACCCCCUGAUGGCCGAGGCCAAUGGAGAAGAGAACAAAAGCAGCCACACGUCCCCCGAGAAGAAGAAGGAGCAACGCGAGACCGACUCCAUGGGCAGCCGAGUCUGGAUACUGACGAGCACGCACUCCGCCAGCAGCGUGGUCAUCAUCAACGCCAGCCGGCCGGGCUCCCUGGUCGACCAGUUCAAUGUCUGCAAUGCCCACAUACUCUGCAUAUCCAGCGUGCCAGCUGCCAGCGACAGGGACUACCCAGCGGGGGAGAUAUUCCUGGAGCAAAGCGGCGGGGACCUAGAGAAGUCAGGGGGAAUGGAGGACGUUCUGGCCGGCAUAACCUUGGUGGGCUGCGCCACCAACUGCAGUGCAGUGCGGAGCAGCUGCUCGUCACGUACCGACACGCCGGUGCUGGACAAAGGGCAGGGCCCCAUGGCUCCAGUGCUCAAUGGCAAGGUGAAUGUGUCCCAGCCCGCCGAAAAGGCCACUGAGGCAACAGAGGUGCCCGAGCCAGCUGCCCCCGGGGUGCAGGAGGCCGGGGGCCAGUCGAGGCCCUUCACUGAGCACGUCUUCACCGACCCCCCCAUUGGCAGCACCACCGCUGGCAGGGAAACAGUACCACCGAAAGAUGCCAUGAACGGGACGGCCCAUGAAGCAGAAGAAGGGGGCGGAGAAUCCAGAGGCGGCACCAGUGCCGCCCCCACCAUGUGGCUGGGAGCCCAAAAUGGCUGGCUCUACGUUCACUCUGCCGUCUCCAACUGGAGGAAAUGUCUGCAUUCGAUAAAACUAAAGGACUCUGUGCUCAGUCUUGUGCACGUGAGGGGCAGGCUGCUGGUGGCCCUGGCAGAUGGGACACUCGCUAUCUUCCACAGAUCUGAAGAUGGUCAGUGGGACUUGAGCAACUAUCACUUGAUGGACCUGGGUCGGCCACGCCAGUCCAUCCGUUGCAUGGCCGUGGUGUACGACAAGGUGUGGUGUGGCUACAAGAACAAGGUGCAUGUCAUCCAGCCCAAGACCAUGCAGAUCGAGAAAUCGUUUGAUGCGCACCCACGCAAGGAGAGUCAGGUUCGCCAGCUGGCUUGGAUCGGGGACGGUGUAUGGGUGUCCAUCCGGCUAGACUCCACGCUACGGCUCUACCACGCCCAUACCCACCAGCACCUGCAGGACGUGGACAUCGAACCUUACGUCAGCAAGAUGCUUGGUACAGGCAAGCUGGGCUUCUCCUUUGUGCGAAUCACAGCGCUCCUGAUUGCGGGGAACCGUCUGUGGGUGGGAACUGGGAACGGAGUGGUCAUCUCUAUUCCACUCACAGAGACUGUAGUCCUUCACCGGGGACAGCUGCUGGGAUUAAGGGCUAACAAGGUGUCCCCGACCUCGUCCGGUGGCGUGAUCCACGUGUACGCCGACAGCAGCUCAGAGAAGACCAGCGGCAGCUUCAUCCCCUACUGCUCCAUGGCUCAAGCACAGCUCUGUUUCCAUGGACACCGUGAUGCUGUCAAGUUCUUCGUCUCUGUUCCAGGUUUGUCGAGCACCAUCAGUCCAUAACUGAGACUUCCUCUCUGUUUUUGUGCUUUAUUUUUAACAAAAUUUCAGUUGACUCCUAGUUGACUCCUAUUUCAGCACAUUAACCCAAGAAUUUUUUGCCAGUUUUUUACAAAUUUCAUAGCAAGUUAUCCCCGUCAUUGGAGUUUACACAUACAUACAGUGCAGGAAAUGGAGGGCAAGUGUACAUGUAGAUGUACCUUCACUCCAGAUUUAGUAGGUAGGUCAGCUUAAGUGAAAACCUGUUUCCUCAUAUAAAUAUUUUCCAGAGACAGCACUAAUAACACAAUAAAGGUCAUUCAGCUUGUUUAGUAGCUCCAAAGGAUUCUUGAGAAAUUGUUUUUUUUUUUCCUGAUAUUUUUAAUUCAAUGAGUACAGCUGCAUAUGUAGAGACUGCUUAUAAGAUUUCCAUGUACUUUUUAGCUCAACUUCCUGAAAUAUGGAAUUUUCCUAUGAAUAGUUGUUUUUUGUGACUAAUCACAAUUUUGCGUGACAUAUCAAAUAAAUAUAUUUAAAAGAAA